UUUCAUAAUCUUGUUGCAUGUUUAACUAAAUCAAUAUGGCCCGAAUGAACCGCCCAGCUCCUGUGGAAAUCACCUACAAGAACAUGAGAUUCCUGAUCACGCAUAAUCCAACCAAUGCAACCUUAAACAAAUUUAUAGAGGAACUUAAGAAAUACGGUGUUACCACAGUGGUAAGAGUGUGCGAAGCUACUUAUGACACUGCUCCGGUGGAAAAAGAAGGCAUUCAGGUUUUGGACUGGCCCUUUGAUGAUGGUGCUCCACCAUCCAACCAGAUUGUUGAUGAUUGGCUAAACCUCCUUAAAGUUAAAUUUCGUGAAGAACCUGGUUGUUGUAUUGCUGUUCACUGUGUUGCUGGUCUUGGAAGAGCUCCAGUCUUAGUUGCUCUUGCACUGAUAGAAUGUGGAAUGAAGUAUGAAGAUGCAGUGCAGUUCAUAAGACAGAAGCGGCGUGGAGCUUUCAACAGCAAACAACUUCUGUACUUGGAGAAAUACCGCCCCAAGAUGCGUCUGCGCUUUAAAGACUCCAAUGGUCACCGAAAUAAUUGUUGUAUUCAGUAAAGCUCAACAGCCUAUAGUACUUCCUUGGGAAUAAAGGAUGGAAACUAGAAUUAAGCAGACUGCAUGCCAAAGACAUCAGUCUGGUAUUUUUUAGCAGUAACGAAAGCUUCCUUAGGAGUAUAUAUUAGGCUAAAGGCUCAGUAGAAGUGCAACUUCUAUGUUUAGAUAAAUAUCUGUCUAUUUGGAGAUCCAGUAAAUGUUUUUGCUGUACCCUGUUUCUGAGCUGUCUCCUUGUUCAUUAAUUAUCAGAUCAAAUAUCCUUUAAUCAUGCCAUUGAGUCUUACUGACCUAGUUUCAACUACUAAAAAUUGGGGUACUAAAAUAAAUCAAUCUGUAGAGAGAUUAGGUGCCAAAAUACCCAGCAUAUCAGCUAUAUGUUUUUCCUUAAAAUGAGCAUAGUUCUGAUGAUGUGAGAACUUCCAGCUUAUCUGGACCUUACUAUCUUUUUUUCUACAGUCAUUUCAAUAUUGAAGAAUAUGGCCUCUAAAGUAGUCCUGCCUGCUCAAUCUAUGUUUUGUCUCCCACAAUCGCACUAGAAUUAUCAGGAUUUGCACAGUCUGUCUUUUUAAUACUAUGAAUUACAGCAACUUUUUACCCUGCAUCUGUACUUUCUGUUACUUGAACCUCUCCAUAUUACAAGUCAUUACUCUGGUUAUUCAUGUAGAAGAUCUUUUAAAUUGUACAGAAGCACACAAGUCUUUAAUGUCUCCAGACAAAAAGCCUUACAGUAAAAUUAAUGUUGGCACUUCACGUGCAACUUAACAGAGGGCCUGAAAAGGUUGGGAGGGGCUAUUUAAUAUUUCUAGUAAAAUGUUGCCUUUGUCUUGUGCAGGAAGUAUAGAAUAUGCCCUUUACUUUAGUAAAUAUUUUUUUAAAAUGUAGAAAUGCUUUGUUAUUGUAGCUAAAAAUUCUUAAUCAGAAAAUUUCUGAAAAAUCUUGUAGUUUUCUUUUACUGUACCUAUUGAGAGUUGUUUACCAACUAUUGCUUUGUUGAAGGUGUGAUCUUUUUCUUUUCUUUUUGUUUUUCCCCUUGAGUUUCUGCUAUGACUUGGGCAGACUUCUGUAAUAUUUUGUAUGCCUUUAAAGCUGCGUAACUUAAUAUUUGGAUACUUGAUAAUUUGUUUUAUUAUGUAAUUGAUAAAAUGGUGAUGUGUAUUAAUGUUAGUUCAACCAUAUAUUUAUACUGUCUUGGGAAUGUGUGGUUAUAGUUCUGUGGGAGAAAUACUUUUGCCAGUGUUCACCAGCUUGUAAAAUCUAGUGCGAGAGCUUAAAACAUCUAAAUAAAUACUGAAAUGCACUUACGAAGUUUGCUGAAAUGCUCAUCACUUUCACUUAUUUUUAUGUACUUUGUCAGCAAUCCUGAGGUGCCUAAAUUCAGAAUCUACUCAGGCAUCUCUUCUUUUUUUUAAAAUAUGGACCUGAAUGUCCCCUUUGCUGUAAUGUUCGCUGUUUGUUUUACUCAUAAAUAAAUGUGGACAAAAAUUAA